AUGACAUCCCAAUCCCGCGUCGAGCGCCCCCAGUCCCUCGCCGGAGAAGGCCUCUUUAUCACUGUCGUCUGCUCCUCCCAACUUCUUACUCAAACUGACCUCGCGCUGAGCAUCGUGCCCCAGCAUAUCAUUGGCCGCUCCUUCGGCAUUGACAAUCAACCCGGCGAGAUGAGCUGGUUCUCCGCCAGAUACUCCCUCACCGUCGGCACCUUCAUUCUCAUCGCAGGUCGCCUCGGCGAUGACUUCGGCCACAAGCGCUUCUUCGUCGGCGGCUACACCUGGUACGGCUUGUGGUCUGCUCUUGCUGGCGUGGCUGUCUACAGCGGUCCUGAAUUCUUCAUAUUCUGCCACGCCAUGCAGGGCAUUGGUCCGGUUUUCUUGCUACCUAACGCCAUUGCCGUUCUUGGCCGCUCCUAUGACCCGGGGUGCCCCCAGGACAUGAUCCUCAGUCUGUUCGGUGCUACCGCCCCCGGCGGAUUCCUCCUCGGCGCCUUUUCUAGCCUCAUCUCUCAGAUGGCCUGGUGGCCCUGGCUCUAUUGGGUCCUGCGCUUUGCGUGCCUUUUGCUGGCUCUCUUGGGCAUGUUUAUUAUUCCCACAACCCCGCCGUCGAGCAACUCAGAGCACGAGAGCUUCAGCGUCUGGCAGUGUGUCGAUGUCCUCGGCUCCGUCACCGGCGUGGCCGCCCUGGUCCUCUUUAACUCUGCCUGGAACCAAGGUCCCGCUGUCGGUUGGCGGACACCUUACAUGUAUAGCAUCAUGAUUUUCGGCAUUGUCAUCUUUAUUCUGUUCGUUCUCAUCGAGAAAAGGGUGCCCCACACCCUGAUCCCCUUUAACGUCCUGGAAAUCGAAUCUCUCUUCACCCUAGCCUGCAUCAGCGGCGGGGGGUCCAGCUUCGGCAUCUUCGUCUUUUAUAUCUGGAACUUGCUCGAAGUCCUGAGGGGCCAGCCCCCUCUUCUUACCUCUUCCCAGUUCGUUCCUGUCGCUAUAAGCGGGCUGUUUGCCGCGGUCACCACAGGUCUAAUCCUCAGUCACACCCGCGCCUCGGCUGUGAUGUUCAUCUCCAUGUCCUCCUUCCUCAUCGGAGGCAUCAUCUUUGCCACAAUCGCGGUCCACCAGAUCUACUGGGGGCAGACAUUCGUGGGCAUCGUCGUCAUCUCUUGGGGUAUGGAUAUGUACUUCACCGCUGCCACCAUUAUCAUAAUCGAGUCGCAGGUCAAUGAUGGAGGGAAAGAUGUUCUACGAGGUUACCGAGGCGCUCUCUACAUGGGUGUCGGUCUCUCUGCCUUGGGUGUGAUCGUUGCUCUGAUUUUCUGCUUUGUGGAGCGUCAUCAGUCUAAGGCGCCCGAGAAGGAAGCUCAGGAAAUGAGCCAACCGCAAGAGGAGCAUGUUUAG